AUGGACCGCACCGUGGUGCUCAUCACCGGCUGCUCCUCGGGCAUUGGCCUACACCUGGCACUGCGGCUGGCGUCCGACCCGUCCCAGAGUUUCAAAGUGUAUGCCACGCUGAGGGACCUGAAGGCUCAGGGCCCACUGUGGGAAGCGGCCCGGGCCCGGGGAUGCCCUUCUGGCUCCCUGGAGACACUGCAGUUGGACGUGAGAGACUCAGAUUCCGUGGCUGGUGCCCGGGCACGCGUGACUGAAGGCCGCGUGGACGUGCUGGUGUGUAACGCAGGCCGGGGCUUGGUCGGGCCGCUGGAAGCACACGUGGCCGGUGCUGUGAGCUCUGUGUUGGACGUGAACGUGGCCGGGACGGUGCGGACCCUGCAGGCCUUCCUGCCGGACAUGAAGCGGCGCCGCUCUGGGCGCGUGUUGGUGACCGGGAGCAUGGGAGGUUUGAUGGGGCUGCCCUUCAACGCCGUUUACUGCGCCAGCAAGUUCGCACUCGAAGGUUUAUGCGAGAGUCUGGCGGUUCUGCUGCUGCCCUUCGGGGUCCACAUGAGCCUCAUCGAGUGUGGCCCCGUGCACACCGCCUUCCAGGAGAAGCUGGAGGGCGGCCUGGGCGGGGCGCUAGACAGCGCGGACGCCAAAACCCGCGACCUCUUCUCCCGCUACCAGCGCCACUGCGAGCGGGUCUUCCGCGAGGCGGCGCAGGACCCAGAGGAGGUGACAGAGGUCUUCCUCACCGCACUGCGCGCCCAGCGGCCCGCACUGCGCUACUUUACCACCGAACACUUCCUGCCCCUGGUGCGCUUGCGCUUCGACGACUCCAGCGGCUGUAGCUACGUGGCCGCUAUGCGCCGUGCGGUGUUCGAAGACGAGUCCGCGGAGGGCCCCGAGAGCGCCCGAGUGGAGCCCGAGGCCGCAGGACUUGGGGGUUCUGAGCUUGGCGCCCCUGCCACCGCCCCGCAAUAAAGGCUUCGUCCUCCGUCUCCAGAGCCUUUUUUUGAUCCCCCUGAG